GAUUCCUGACCUGUCGAACGCGCCUUCCACUUGGCAGUAUGCGGCAAACACUCGGCUUCGUGCUGUCGCCUGUCAUCUGGUGAUCUGCUGAUGUCGCUGCAAUUGUCCGCUGCGAACGCUUUUGUUUGUCGUCCUGUUCCGAGAAUAUCUCUCAUCCCGCAUAUCGUCGUAGGUCUAUCACCUCUAUAAGUAUACUGUCUUUCUUUUCCUUGUGUAACCCUUUCUUCUAUCAUCAACCAUCACAACUAAAACAUCAAGCCAACAAUCUCCUCUCUACCAAUCAAUCAAUCUCCACUCUUCGAUCCAAUCCAUCUCGACCACUCUUACUCCACAACACCCAAACCCCACACACAACACUCCACAACAAUGGCAUUCAGACCUACCCAAACCCGUGCCUUCUUCCGCACUCUGAGAACUCUCAUCAAGGAAGAACACCCUUUCGCUCGCAACACUUCAACCCUCAUGCCCCACAAACAUGACAACUCAAUCUUGAUGAGACGCACCUUCCGCACUGCAGCCACCUACACACCAUUCAUCAUCACUGUUCUCGGAUGGCCUUGGAUGGCAGCCGGCCUGCUCCAAAAAACCGGCAUCUGACUACUCAUGCCCAUCUAUGUUCUUGUCGAUGGCAUGGGUCCUUCCGAUCGCUUGACUUUUGCUGUCGGGGAUACGCAACCCUCUGACCUUUUGACCUCUGCCGCUAAGGUGUUUGAUGAGCAUAUCGUCAAGAGCGAAGAUGGACAUAUUGGAAUCGUGGAGGAUGUCUGAAGAUUUUCCAUGCCGGGCUUGUUUGCUUCAUUUUCAUUUCUUAUUUCUUGUAUGCAUGGCUGGCUGGGCGUUUUGUCUUUUGGGGGUUCUAAAGCAGUGGAGUUUCUGUUUUACAUCAGUGGUUCUUUA